AUGCUUUGGACAGCUAUAUUAUUUCUUAUUUCUUGUUAUCCAUUAGCAUGGAUGAUAAGCAUUAAUGUAAUUAAUAAUGCAAUAUUUGAUCCAGUCAAUAGUUAUUUCUGGCUUGGUAAUUUCUCUAAUAUACCAUCACGUAAUUUAUGCAUUUGUCAAUGUUAUUUGGAUUCGAACUGUUGUACAGCUAUUUACUAUGGUCGUUAUCAAAUGUGUAUACUUUACUCAGCACCACUAUCACAAGGACAGUUGCACUUGACGACCACUAGUGAAAAUACAGUUGUGAUAAACUUUCCAAACAAAAGUUUUACCGAUGUUCCGUGUAUGCCAUCAAACAACUAUCUUAUUGCGUAUAAUAUCUCACCAACUACUUAUCAGAAUCAAACGUACACAUACACAGCCACAUCUACUGGUAUCAACAUAUUGGAAUUCGGUUUUAAAGCUGUAAAUUCGAUGAAGGCUUGGCAUCUUGAUGAUGUCAGUAUUAUAGAUAAAAAUGCAUCCAACUCUGAAAUGCUUGUAAAUGGUGGUUUUGAGAAUGGUACUUUAAUUGGUUGGCAAGUGCUCUGUUCCAGUCUCAAUUGUGGAACAACAAGUGGUAAUAUUACUCAAUCAAAAUGUCAUACGGGCUCAUAUUGUUAUCAAGGUGUGUGCCAAAAUGCCUACGAUUUUUUACGUCAAACAUUUUCAGUGAUAAAUGGACACGUUUACAUCUUAAGCUUUUGGUUAUACACUGAUGGACAUCAUUCACAAGCUGCCUAUGUCAAUAUCAGUUAG